UUUUACCGUUAAAGCAUCCCGUCUUACAAUAAAAAGAAUGAUAUACACUGCACUGAUUUUAGCGUUGCAUAUUAUUGUUUCUUCUGCUUUUGACUGUAAAAAGGAUGGAUAUUUUCAAGAUCCUGAUGAUUGUCAGAAGUUUUAUAAUUGUGACAAUGGUAAAGCUGCACAGCUAACUUGUGGACCAGGCACUGUGUUUAAUGAAAAAUUAAAAGUUUGUGACUUUCCUAAUAAUGUGAAAUGGAAAAAAGUCAUAUAUGAAACGAUAAAAGAGAAGGGUUACGUAUGGUUCCUUCUACCAUAUGAGUGUUACGUCCAAACGUUUCAUAAUUAUUUGGGAUACAUAAUGGAGAUUCAACUGCUUCUUCUUACUCUUUUGCCUUACCUGUCAUCGGCAUAUAUUUGCGGAGAAGAUGGCUAUUUUAGAGAUCCAGACGAUUGUUCCAAGUAUUACUGGUGCGUCAAAGGAAUCGCCGAAGAGUAUAACUGUGCAGGAAAAUUAGUUUUUAACGAAAAGACAAAACGAUGUGAGUGGCCUGAAAAUGUCGACUGCGAAAAUACAGUGAAAGUCGUUCGAGAUGCUCCAAUGGCUGCAAAUUUUGGAAAUAAAAAAGUGGUUUGCUACUUCAUUAAUUGGGCUUGGUAUAGAAAAGACAAGGGCAAAUAUCUCCCGGAAAAUGUAGAUCCAACAUUAUGUACCCAUAUUAAUUAUGCUUUCGCAGUAUUAGAUGCAACUUCUCACACUAUAAAACCGCAUGAUACUUGGGCAGAUAUUGAUAAUGACUUCUAUAAGAAAAUAGUAAAUUUGAAGAGCAAGAAUCCUAGUGUAAAGGUAGCAUUAGCUAUCGGUGGAUGGGGAGAUAGUGCUGGAAACAAAUAUUCCGUCAUGGUUUCGGAUCCCGCGAAAAGAAAAAAGUUUAUCGAUCAUGUGAUACCAUUUUUAAAACAAUAUGGUUUCGAUGGGUUAGACUUAGAUUGGGAAUAUCCAAACUGCUGGCAAGGUGCAUGCGGAAGUGCACCACAAGAUGUAAACAAUUUCUCUGCUUGGAUUAAGGAAUUAAGAGAAGCAUUCAAUAAGCAAAAUCCUCCAUUGCUCUUAACAGCUGCAGUAGUUGCCGCGAAAGAUAAAAUAGACCAAGCUUAUGAUAUUCCAGUUCUUGGACAAUAUUUAGAUCAUAUAAAUAUUAUGACGUACGACUUCCACGGAGGUUAUGACGGAAAAACAGGACACCACGCACAAAUGUAUCCUCGACCUGGAGAUGUUAAUCCAGCGUAUAAUGUAGAGACAGCUAUGCAACACUGGGCAAGCAAAGGAGCUCCCAAAGAAAAAUUAAUUUUGGGUGUGCCCUUUUAUGGUAGAAGUUUUACUUUAUCCAAUCCUUCUGCUAACGGCCUAAAUCAACCCGCUACUGGAAAUGGCAAUGCCGGAGAAUUUACAAAUGAAGGAGGAUUUAUGGCUUUUUAUGAGAUCUGUGAAAGAGUAAAAUCGCGUGGAUGGACCAAAGCUCGUGAUGACAAAGCAGGCCCAUAUGCUUAUCAAGGUAACCAAUGGGUAGGAUAUGAUGAUGCUGAGGCUAUUGCUCAGAAAGCUAAAUAUGCUAAAGAUAAUGGAUACGGAGGAAUUAUCAUCUGGGAUAUCAGUAUGGAUGAUUUCAGCGCAUCAUGUUGUUCUGUAAAGAAUCCUCUCAUGAAAGCAAUUCAGUAUGGGCUUACUGGACAAGGUACACCACCUAGUGCUAUGGGUUGCGAAUAAGGCUUUUAUUUCACGUACUAAUAUAAACUGUUUUUAAAGCUAGUCUUGGAAUAAAAAUAUUUUGUUCUUGUUA